AUGGCGGAGACCACGUGUUCCACUAGCAUCAUCGACCUACUCUCGGACUUUGAGUCCAGGCUCAAGGAACAGUUCGACAAAUUUUGGCGGCAGUUGGAGGACAGAAUACCUUUCCAGACACCACCGUGCCUGCAGGGUCCUCCACACAGUCCCCGGGCAUCAAAGCUCCACCGGUUAUCCACAAUAGUUUCAGAAGUGAGGGCCCCAAAAUGGCGGAGACGCAAGCGGCGGAACUCACCUGCACUAAAAGCAGUACGGAGGUCGCCUGAACCUAGCAACAAGCCGAGGGUGUCAUGGAGAUCCCUGCUCCCGGUCUCUGAUCAAACCUGCCGACUCUCACCUGGGUCCCAGAGCCUGAAGUGUCCCUACAUAUUCAUGCACUCUGAUCUACCAACUAUUGGCAUCGGGUGA